UUUGACAGCACAAAGAAAUUAAGUCGGCCAUUUUAUUGCUGGCUCCGAGAAGCUCUUGCUUUUCGUCCAGUGGGGUUUUGUUGAGUUUUGUUGUAAAAUUUUUGCUAAAUAUCUGUUUUAACUUCGUACAAAUUCGUAUACGUACUUAUAGUAAGUUUUAGGCACAUUUAUGUAUUGAUUGCACUGUGUAAAAAUGGACGAUCCAAAUCGGAUGAUGGCGCACAGCGGUGGCCUGAUGGGACCGCAGGGCUAUGGGCUCCCAGGUGGUGAAGGCACCCCGGCUGCAGGCGAGGGUGAAGCUCGCAAACAAGAUAUAGGUGAAAUCUUACAACAGAUUAUGAACAUCACAGAUCAAAGCUUGGACGAAGCUCAAGCGAGAAAACAUACAUUGAACUGUCAUCGCAUGAAGCCUGCAUUAUUUUCUGUGCUCUGUGAAAUCAAAGAGAAAACAGUUCUGUCCCUACGAAACACGCAAGAGGAAGAGCCCCCAGAUCCUCAGUUGAUGCGCUUGGAUAACAUGCUCAUCGCUGAGGGUGUUGCUGGCCCAGAGAAGGGUGGGGGCGCCGGAGCUGCUGCCUCAGCUUCAGCUGCUGCUGGAGAAUGGGGCACUGUGGCUCAAGCAGAUAACGCCAUCGAGCACUCGGACUACCGCGCGAAGCUCGCCCAGAUCCGGCAGAUCUACCACCAGGAGCUCGACAAGUACGAGAACGCGUGCAACGAGUUCACCACGCACGUCAUGAACCUGCUCCGGGAGCAGAGCCGCACCAGGCCCAUCACGCCCAAGGAAAUUGAGCGUAUGGUGCAAAUCAUUCAUAAGAAGUUCAGCUCCAUCCAGAUGCAAUUGAAACAGUCCACGUGUGAAGCCGUCAUGAUACUACGUUCUCGUUUCCUGGACGCGCGGCGCAAGCGGCGCAACUUCACCAAGCAAGCGCUGGAGCUCCUCAACGAGUACUUUUACUCGCACCUCGCUAAUCCGUACCCGAGCGAGGAGGUGAAGCAGGAGCUGUCGAGGAAGUGUGGUAUAACUGUGUCGCAGGUAUCCAAUUGGUUCGGCAACAAGCGCAUCCGUUAUAAGAAGAACAUUGGCAAGGCGCAAGAGGAAGCCAACCUGUACGCCGCCAAGAAAGCAGCCGACCUGCCUUGGAUGGGCGCGUGCAGGCGCGAUGCUAGCUCCCCUCCCGCCAGAGCCACUCCACACCACACAGCGGGCGCGUCGCCGUACUCGAUGGGCGCGGCGUCGGGCACGGCGACGCCGAUGAUGUCGCCGGCGCCGACGCAAGACUCGAUGGGCUACUCCCUGCCGGCGCCCGGGUAUGACCAGCCGCAGCCCAGCUACGACGGCUCCAUGGGCUACGACCACAUGCACCAGGACUUAUCGCCGUAGAUACUACAGCUUCACACCUGUGCCGCAGGUUACGGGCGUGACAUACUAUUGUGCAGCUUCCACUGAAUUGCCAUUUAUAUAACAUAAUAUAUUUAAGUAGCCGGUGCGAGCCGUACAGUACUGCUGCCGACUGCGCGUGCGCAGGGCCGUACAUCUCAUAUUGCCUUAGGACAUAGGACAUUGUAUACUAUUACAUACACAUAUUUCUAGCAAUCGUAUUUUUGGAGGGACAUGUAAUUGAAAUGUAUUUAAUUUGUAUUAUUGUUCGACUAUACUGACUAGACUGGUACCCAGUAUUUGUUUCAAAUUAUAUUUUUAUUAUAAUUUUUUAUUAUUAUUAUUAUUAUAAUAUAGAUGUAACGUUUUACAAAUCAAUUCUCGCGCUCCAACUGUUAUUCUAUAUACAAGUAUUAUUAUGAUUUCUUAACCGGUGUUUAGUUUUGGACUAUUAUAAUUAUGUUCUGUGGAUUAUUGGACAGUAUUAAUAUUUUAUAAUGGCACCACAUCGUUCGGCGGGAUCUCGUGUUUCUAAGCGUUCACUACUUAAUCGUCUUUACUACUACGGUGGAUAUAAAUAAAUAUACGAUAGUUGUAAGCUAACCUAGUGUAAUGUUUAAUUGUAAGUAUUCAGAUAUUUUGUGCUAACUAGUGUCCUAUACAGUGCGACUGUACAGUGUUGCUCGCUACGCAACCACUGUCUCUCCCGGUAAUAGAAUUAUAGCGCUUUGACAAUAGUAAACACAAUUUACCUUAUUAUUUUACUAAUAAAAACCAAUGCAUUAUCUAUAAUUUUUUAUAUAACAUCAAGUCUGUAAUUGUACUUGUGUUUUAUGUAAAUAAAUUCAUGAUUAAUUGAUACGUGCCACGAAAAUUGAAUGGUACUAAAUACUUUACUAAAAAGCCAAAUAGAAAAAAGUUAGGAGAGCGUCCUUAUUUAUUCAACUUACAGUAUUUAAAAUAAUGAAAAACUAUGGCAUAUUUAAUUGAUUACGAUUUAUUUAUUGCGACAAAUUAUGAUAAUAAUGAAUUUUUUUUUAUAUUUGUUGUGUAUAUGAAAACAAUUUUUAAUAUUUGUGUAGUCCCCUAUACAUAACACUACCGGGAGAUAUCGCAGUUGCGCGGCGCACACACCUGCGCAGGCGCACGGUGACUUGUGUGCAAUUUUAAUAUUUUAUUAGAAACGGUUGUGUUAGUUCCACGUGCAUUAAUAAUCGGAUAUCGGGCGGGAUACCACUUUAUCAGUAUCUCGACAGUUUUUAAUAUAAUUAUAUUGCUUUUACAUAUAUAUAUAAUAUGUAUUCGGGAGUUGUGAAUAUCAGAACAAAAUAUUAUAUUUUUCAUAUAGUUCUAAGUUGAAGGUUGUUUUAUUACGUCGCCGAGUCUGUACGUGGACACGCGUACGGGCAUACCUGCAUACAGUAUAACGUGCGAUUAGUUCCACUUAGUGAUAGUUCGGAUAUGAGCAAGAUUUUUUGCUAGUGUUAAGUUGAUGUGUUCUAAAACAAAAUAUCUGAAACAGUAUACGAGAAAAAAAAUAACGAGAAAUUUAUUUGAAUAUGUUAAAAGAUGCUGUGGAACAUUGAAAUUGUAUCACGUCGCUGUCGGAAUAUAAGCUUUUAUCUCACUAAUUAUACACCACAGAAUAUUUAUUAUAAACUGAUUUUAAAUAAAUUUUAAUAUAGAUAUAAAAUUGAUACGUGUCAGCGGCGUGGACACCAUGUAUACGACGACGACUUCAAUGUUAUUGCGACCAUCGAGAUUGAAAUAAAUACAUUUUUGUGUAGUUAAAUA